GUCUCGACCUAUCAGAACCCGCCAGCUGGACUCAGAGAUGAUACUUCCUGAAAGUCCACGUUUUUGACUGUCACGACGGACAUUUAGACCGAAAACAUGAACGUAUCCGUACUCUGUGUCUGUGUCUCCUUCGCUGUUUUCAGCUUACUCGCUGGAAGAGCUCAGGCGAAGGCGAAAUCAGACGAUGACUGCGAAGUUUGCAUCAAGUUCUUGACGAGGUUGUCUGAUAGCAUCCCUGAGGAGGAUGCCAGCAACAUGGACAAGAUUGAGAAACAUCUCAGGAAAGCUUGUAAAACUGCUAAAGGCAAAGAGAACCGCUUUUGCUACUACAUUGGAGCAACUGAAGAUGCUGCCACAGGGAUUGUGAAUGAGGUGACCAAACCCAUGUCCUGGAGGAAGCCUGUCAACAAAGUCUGUCAUGCCCUCAAAAGCAAGGAUGCUCAGAUAUGUGACCUGAAAUAUGAGAAAAGUAUUGACUGGAAAACAGUGGACCUGAAGAAGCUGAGGGUGAAAGAGCUGAAGAAGAUCCUGAACGACUGGGGAGAGGAAUGCAAGGGCUGUGCCGAGAAAAGUGACUUUAUAAAACUCAUAGAAACGCUAAAACCCAAAUACGUUCCUCAUUCUGAAUUGUAGAAAUAUAAGUACAGUACCAGGGAAGAGUGCAAGUUUUCACACUCGGGUUUUUGAUCCCGAAACGGUUCGUUUUCAGCAUAUGUAUUUUAAGGUAAAAUUUUGACUUAGGGAAACUUUCAUUUUUUUGACCAAUGUUGUUAAUGUCUCCUCCAGUGCUGUCUCCAUCUCAAAGACCUGUC